UCUUUGAUUCCCGCCUGAUUUAAUUUGUCGCAAUUUUUCACGCAUUCUGCAACAAACCACCAAACAAAAAAUAAUUGUGAAAUUUCGGAAAAUAAUUUGAGAAAAGUUUUUUUAUCAUUAAUUAAAAUACAAAUUUGUCAAACUAACUGAAAGUAAUUCUAUUAUAUUUUGCUGAAAACUUUAUCAGUUAAACAAAAAUGCCCGGCAUUGCAUCUCUCUCGAAAGGCGUCAUUCCUCGCAUUAUGGCUGGGGAAGAGGUCGAUUCUCCUGUCCUACAAAUUCUUUGUGCCAAACGUAUCCGGGACUCAGACCGCUUGCGUCUUUUAAUUUCAGACAGCCAAUAUUUCAAUAGCUUUGCGAUGCUGGCGUCGCAAUUGAAUGCCACAUUUGGUGAUGGCAAACUUAAAGAUAACUCCAUUGUAAGAGUUGACAAGUAUAUCACGUCGGUUGUUAAUAAAAGUGAUGCCGGAAAACGUGUUCUUAUAAUUUUGGAGAUGACUGUUUUAAAUCCUGGUGAUCAAGUACAGCAAAAAAUUGGCGAACCUGUCUCUUACACAGAAGCUUCACAGGAAACUUCAGCACCAAAACCAGCAGCAGCAGCACCGGCACCAGUCGCCAAAAAAGAAAGCUACUCCAAUCACAACAAUAACAAUACUAUGAAUCAAACUUUAAAUUCAGGCUUAACACAUCCCAUUGCAAGUUUGAGUCCUUACCAAAAUAAAUGGGUCAUAAAGGCUCGAGUUAUGUCGAAAUCACCAAUACGUACUUGGAGCAAUGCUAAAGGGGAGGGAAAAUUAUUUAGCAUUGAUUUAAUGGAUGAUUCUGGUGAGAUACGUGCUACCGCAUUUCGCGAACAAGUCGAUAAGUACUAUGAAUUUAUGGAAGUCGAUAAGGUGUAUUUUAUUUCCAAAUGCCAACUCAAGCCGGCAAAUAAACAAUAUUCAACACUUAAAAAUGAUUAUGAAAUGACUUUUACAAAUGAUACCGUUGUACAAGCAUGUGAAGAUGAUGACGGUUCUGGUAUACCAGAGAUUAAGUACGACUUUGUUCCAAUAUCUCAAGUGGCUAAUUUAGAACCAAAAGCUGCAGUUGAUUGCAUUGGUGUAUGCAAAGAAGUUGGUGAACUACAAGUCUUUACUUCAAAGAACACCAAUAAGGAAUUUAAAAAGCGUGAUUUGCUCCUAGUUGAUACCAGUGAUGCUUCGGUAUCAUUGACCAUAUGGGGUGAUGAUGCCGUCAAUUUUGAUGGUCAUGUUCAGCCUGUUAUCCUCGUAAAAGGAGCCAGAGUCAGUGAAUUUAAUGGCGGCAAAACUUUAAGUUUGGGCAAUGGUUCCGUUAUGAAGAUAAACCCGGAUAUUCCAGAAUGUCAUAAAUUGCGUGGAUGGUUUGAUAAUGGCGGUGGUGAAAACAUCGUAACAUCUAUUUCGGCCAGAACUGGAGCUGGAGGUGGAGGCUAUAACACUGAAUGGCGUACAUUCCAUGAAGCUCGUGAUUUAGGAACAGGCGAUAAGCCGGACUAUUUCCAAACUAAAGCAGUUGUUCAUCUUAUUAAAAGCCAAAACGCUUACUACAAAGCUUGUCCUCAAGCCGAAUGUAAUAAAAAAGUUGUGGAUGAAAACAAUGGUCAUUAUCGUUGUGAAAAAUGCAAUGCUGUAUUUCCCAACUUUAAAUACAGACUUUUGGUUAAUAUGAGCAUUGGUGAUUGGACUUCAAAUCGAUGGGUCACAUGUUUCAGUGACUUGGCUGAACAGCUCUUGGGACGUUCUGCUCAGGAAAUUGGUGAUGCAAUGGAUAAUAAUCCUACCGAAGCAGAAGAAAUCUUCAGUUCCAUAAAUUUCCAUUCCUACACAUUCAAAUUACGCUCAAAAGUUGAAACAUAUGGAGAUAUGUCUCGCAACAAAUUGACAGUUCAGUCGGCCACGCCCAUUAACUACAAGGAAUAUAACAAAUACUUAAUAAAUAAUUUAAAAGAAUUAACCGGUAUAAAUAAGGCCUAAUUUUAAGUAUUUUUUUAUUAUUAAUUAUAUGUUUGUAACUUUAAUAUUUUGAUGAAAUUUCAUGUAAUUUUUAUGUUUGUUAUAUUAUAUUACUCUAUACGGAAAUUAUCACAUUACUAAAAUAAAUACAUAUAUAUUUAGAAAUUUAA